AUGCGACACCUUAAGUUUGUUGACAUAUUUGUUUUAUCUGGGAUUAUGGAUGCUGUCUUCACAAGGAUGGUCUUCAAUUUUAGAGCCCUCCCUGUUCUUGCUACCUCUAUCUGGUUACUCUUCAGUGGAUCUUUCAGCUAUGCUGCUCAGAGUGACGUUGACUGCCUCAGAGCUGUAAAAUCUUCUUUGGAAGACCCAAUCGGUUACUUAACAACAUGGAAUUUCGAUAACAAAACUCAAGGUUUCAUCUGUUCAUUUAUUGGGAUUGAAUGUUGGCAUCCUGAUGAAAAUAAGGUCUUGAAUAUCAAGCUGGGGAACAUGGAACUUAAGGGCACGUUUCCACUAGGUGUUGUUGGUUGUUCGUCCAUGACAGGGUUAGAUCUUUCUAGUAACAAAAUCCAUGGAAAUAUUCCAAAUAACAUCUCUCAUAUAGUUGGAUUUCUGACGAGCCUUGAUCUUUCCAACAACGAGUUAUCUGGAGAGAUUCCUGUAGAUCUUUCCAAUUGCUCUUACCUGAAUGUCCUCAAACUUGACAACAACCAGUUAACAGGUCAUGUCCCUGCACAGCUUGCUCAACUUAGCAGAAUCAAGGAAUUUAGUGUUUCAAACAACCGAUUGACUGGGCCAGUUCCAGGAUUCUCAAAAAAUGUUACAAAGAGCUAUGCGAAUAAUGCAGGACUUUGCGGCGAUCUGUUGCCGACUUGCCAAGGCGCUUCCAAGAAAACCAGCAUUGGACCAAUUGUUGGGGCAGCUGUUGGUGGGUUGACUCUUGCCGCUUUGGGUGUCUUAAUUGGCAUGUUCUUCUAUAUGCGCAAGGUGGCUAGAAAGAAGAAGGAAGGCGAUCCUCUAGGCAACAAAUGGGCAAAGAGCAUGAAGGGUUCCAAAGGCAUCAAGCUUUCGAUGUUUGAGAAGUCGGUUUCCAAAAUGAAACUAAGUGAUCUCAUGAAGGCUACCAAUGACUUCAGCAAAGAGAAUAUAAUCGGGUCAGGAAGAACAGGGACAAUGUACAAGGCAGUACUAGGAGAUGGCACCUCUCUUAUGGUGAAGAGAUUGCAGGAUACUCAACAAUCGGAGAAAGAAUUUGUGUCUGAGAUGGCUACUGUAGGAAAUGUAAAGCAUCGAAAUUUGGUUCCGCUUCUUGGCUUUUGCAUGACUAAGAAGGAAAGACUCUUAGUCUAUAAGCACAUGUCAAACGGUACCCUACAUGAUAAGUUGCAUGUUGUGAAUGAUGGCAAGAAACCUAUGGACUGGCCAUUAAGGCUUAAAAUUGGGAUAAGAGCAGCAAAAGGAUUUGCAUGGAUGCACCACAGUUGCAAUCCCCGUAUUAUUCACCGAAAUAUAAGUUCCAAAUGCAUCUUCCUGGAUGUGAAUUACGAGCCGAAAAUUUCUGAUUUUGGACUUGCUAGGCUCAUGAAUCCCGUUGACACUCAUUUGAGUACUUUUAUAAAUGGUGAAUUUGGGGACCUGGGUUAUGUUGCUCCGGAAUAUACAAGAACACUGGUUGCCACUCCGAAGGGGGAUGUCUAUAGCUUUGGGGUCGUUCUUCUCGAGUUAGUAACCGGCGAGAAACCGAUUUAUGUGGCAAAAGCACCCGAAAGCUUUAAGGGGAAUCUAGUUGAGUGGGUUUCCCAACUCUCCAGUACCUCAAAACUUCAGGAAGCAAUUGAUGUGUCAUUGGCCGGGAAAGGUUAUGAUAGCGAGCUUUUCCAGUUUCUUAAGGUUGCUUGUAGCUGUGUGUUGCCGGCUCCUAAAGAGAGGCCUACCAUGUUUGAAGUGUACCAGCUUUUGAGAGCUAUUGGACAGCGUUAUGACUUCACCACAGAAGACGACGUUUUGGCGUUAUCGGAUAAUGGCAAUGCCGAUCAACUAGAAGAACUCAUCGUUGCUCGAGAUGUAUAG